UCGCCUUUCCUUUACGGAAAAAUCUAACAAAAAAAAAAAACACUUUGAUAAUGACAUUUGUUUGUUUACAUUUUUAUCAUUUAAUUAACAAAGUUUCGAUUUCAUUUCAGGGCAUAAAAUACAACUAGAAAAUCAGAGAAAAAACUAAUAAAUGUCGAUAUGAGUAAACGCAAAAAUCCAUCAGAAAGCGACAAUAUAAACGUAGAUUUCUGUGACUUUUUGAUGGAAUUAGCGGAAUACGAGAAAAAUGUGAGUCGCAAUAUUCACAAAUAUAAUGCUUAUCGAAAAGCCGCGAGCGUUUUGGCCUUACACUAUAAAAGAAUUGAAUCUGGAGAUGAAGCAAAAAAACUUAACGGUAUUGGCGAUAAAAUAGCAAAGAAAAUAGAUGAGUACAUUCAUACAGGAAAAUUGAGAAAACUGGAAAACAUUCAUAAAGACUCUGAUGCCCAGGCAAUAAAUCUCUUAACGCGCGUAUCUGGUAUAGGCCCCGUGAAGGCAGCAGAACUAGUCAGAAAUUCCAUCAAGACAAUUGAAGAUUUAAAAAAAAAUAAGGAUAAAUUAAAUCAUCAUCAACUUAUCGGUCUCAAAUACUUUGAAGAUUUUGAAAAGAAAAUUCCUAGAACUGAAAUCAUAAGAAUAGAAAAGCAGAUAAAAGAUAUGGUUAAUAAGCUGGACCCAGAAUUUAAUGUGACUGUAUGCGGCAGUUAUAGGCGAGGAAAAUCAGAAAGUGGUGAUAUAGACGUUUUGAUGACACAUCCUUCACUGAAUGCAUAUGAAAUGAAAAAGAAACACAGAGAAAAAUUAUUGCAAAACAUUGUCGACACUUUGAGUAAAGGGCUUGUUACUGAUGUGAUAUCUAUAGGAGACACAAAGUUUAUGGGUGUAUGUCGCUUAUCAGAAGAGUUGCCAGCCCGUCGCCUUGAUAUCAGGUUGAUACCAAAUGACCAAUACUAUUGUGCUGUACUAUAUUUUACAGGAAGUGAUGUAUUUAAUAAGACAAUGAGAACCCAUGCACUUGAGAAAGGUUUCACACUCAAUGAAUACUCUUUACGACCAAUUGGCAGUACAGGUGUACCUGGAGAGCCAGUGCCCAUAUCUUCAGAGGAAGACAUUUUUGACUACAUCGAUUACCCAUACAAAACACCUCAAGAACGAAACAUGUGAAGUAAUAAACAAGAUAUUGCAUAUGAAUUUUUAAUUUCUUUAUUCUGCUAUAUCACAAGGUUUAACAAAGAUAUUCCAUUAGUCAAAUAUGUAAAAAAAUAUCAAUCUGAAAUUUAUUUCUUAGCCUAAAAAUACAGAUUUAACAAAUAAGAUGGCAUAGACGACAUUUUAAUAUUGGAAUUUUUUUAUGAUAUUGUAUUGAAUUCCAUUUUGUUAUGCGCUAAAUGCUUCUUUCCCCUGAAGCAAAUUAUAUUUUUCUCUUAACUCUAC